AUGUAUUAUCCAUACAGAACGCCUACCAGCGGUCAAUCAUAUACUGGUAAUACAGUUCAAACGUAUACUGGUAAUACAGUGAGUACGGUGUCGUCAAGCGGCAGUGGUGUCUACAGGGACACAACAGCGAAUCCGUGCUCAGUACAAGAUCCCUACUGGUGUGAUUACUAUGUGAGGAUUUAUAUGAACAGCAGUAUAACGCUAAGCGGAUACGAUAGACAGUCGGUCUGUCAAGCAAUGGUGCGAUCCCUCCAAGACUCUUAUAACGGAUGUUGCAAUGCGGUACGAGCUGCUGGGUGCAGUUAA